AUGUCUGGCAGUGUAAUUUUAAAUAAAAAUGAUGAUAAUUUCUCAGAUAUUUCUUCAACUUCUUUAGCAACUGAAGAAGAUUCCAAUAUAACAACUCACAACAAUCCAAUAACCACCCUCUGA